GGGCGUGGGAAUCUUGCCUUCAUCUUCUACAGUCAUGAACGUCGUUCGGGAAAUAAACAAGAUUAAUGAACGUGAGCUCGAACUCGGGAUUUCAGGAUCAUGGCAUGAUGAAUACAAGGAUUCUGCAUAUGUAUUUAUCGGUGGUCUGCACUUUGACCUGACUGAAGGUGACGUGAUCACCAUAUUUUCCCAGUAUGGGGAAGUUAUGGAUGUCAAUGUUCCUCGGGACAAAACGACUGGGAAAACGAGGGGAUUUGCCUUCCUUAUGUAUGAAGAUCAAAGGUCCACGGUGUUGGCUGUUGAUAACCUCAAUGGUGCCAACGUGCUGGGUAAGACGCUACGUGUGGACCACGUAAAGAACUAUAAACAGCCAAAGGUGAAAGGCGAGGACGGAGAAUGGGAAGAACCAGAAGAGCAGAGUUUGAAUGCCAGGCCAGAGAUGGUCAUGGAUGGAGGCCAAGCAUCGGAUUCAGAUGCAUCUUCGGUUAUUUCCAUUGAUCCGGAAGAUCCUAUGCGGGACUACAUCUUGGCGCAGAGGAAAGAAGAAAAAGCUCUAAAGAAAUCUAAAAAAUCGAAAGAAAUCCAAAACGUCCAAGAAGCGGCGCAGUGACGAUGACAGGAGAUAACAGGGAUGAGUAAUAAGUAUUUGUUUUUUUUUGUCAAUGAUCGUAUCUUAAUACCGCUAUACACUGCAUGUGAUGUAUGGCAUGCGAGAUUUCGGAUGUUUCGAACAUGGAAGGUUGUCAUUUUGGGCAGUAUGUCAAAUAUUAUGAAGAUGGUCGCGGCAAGAACCGAAUGGAUGUACCCUUUGGCUGAGGAACACUCGAGUUUGUUCUGACCGAGGGAAAUCCACAACUUGGAUGUACUACGAUCCUAUAGGUUCUUGCCCUUGAAAUCUGGCUUGUAAGCGACUGACACCUGUCUUGCUGUCAGG